AUGGCGUCUGAACACACGACCGCGCACCAGAAUCAUCAACUUGGAGGAUACAAGGCAGCCCUGCACAAUGAUAGGGUGUGUCCUUCAACGCCUUCCCCUCCACACGAUGAGCAAAUGGCUUAUUACCCCCUCUCACAGGUCUCUGCAGAUGCCAAAGGGCACGCAGCAGAAGUCAUCGUUGAAUCGGGAAAGCAGUUGCCCUCUGAGCUCGACGCGCAAUCUCACCGUCAUUUCCACAAUGAACAUCCUCACGAGAUUGUAAAUGCCAAUCCGCUUGGUUUACCUCAAGGCGAUCCUUCAUUGGACCUCAAGGCGGCGCAGGAGCAUGAGCAUCACGUCAGAGGCGGUUACAAGGCCGCACUCCACAAUCCCAACACUAGCGAGGAGGCCAAAGAGCAAGCUCGUCAAGCUCUGGCUGGGAGCAGCUAG